CGCGUCACCACAUGAUCCGCAGCCUUGUACCUCGUGACUGCGUGGAUAUCGAUUAUUAUUCGCAGUCUGCCACGCUCGCAGUUCCAAGAAAAGGAACAUCGAACGAAGGGAGAGUCUCGGCGGAAUCCGCAACUUUUGGAGUAACAACAGAAUUGUCUCUCCUCGGCAGAUUAAUUCCAACAUUGAAGAUGGGCUCGCUCUUCCGCAGCGAGGAGAUGACCCUGUGUCAACUGUUCCUCCAAAGCGAAGCUGCUUACGCCUGCGUCUCCGAACUCGGCGAGCUCGGGCUGGUGCAGUUUCGCGAUUUGAAUCCUGAUGUCAACGCCUUCCAACGGAAGUUUGUCAAUGAGGUACGUCGUUGCGAUGAGAUGGAACGGAAGCUGCGUUACCUGGAGAAGGAAAUCAAAAAGGAUGGCAUUCCGAUGCUGGACACUGGUGAGAAUCCAGAGGCGCCGCAGCCUAGAGAGAUGAUUGAUCUGGAAGCCACUUUCGAGAAGCUGGAGAACGAGUUACGAGAAGUGAAUCAGAAUGCUGAAGCACUUAAACGCAACUUUUUGGAACUAACUGAGCUCAAACAUAUCCUACGAAAGACCCAGGUCUUUUUCGACGAGGCUGAGCAUGGAGGUGUCGUGUCGCAGAUGGCAGACCCCAGCCGUGAGGAAGAGCAAGUCACUUUGUUGGGUGAAGAGGGCCUCCGCGCCGGCGGCCAGGCUCUCAAACUCGGCUUCGUCGCGGGAGUCAUCCUGAGAGAACGCAUCCCCGCAUUCGAGCGUAUGUUGUGGCGCGCCUGCCGCGGAAAUGUCUUCUUACGUCAGGCGGAAAUCGAAACGCCUCUAGAGGAUCCGUCAACGGGGGACCAGGUAUACAAGUCGGUCUUCAUCAUCUUCUUCCAAGGAGAUCAACUGAAAACUCGUGUAAAAAAGAUCUGCGAAGGCUUCAGAGCGACUCUCUAUCCCUGUCCGGAAGCACCGGCUGAUCGUAGAGAGAUGGCUAUGGGCGUUAUGACUCGCAUCGAAGAUUUAAACACUGUCCUAGGACAAACGCAGGAUCACCGUCAUCGCGUCCUCGUAGCUGCCGCGAAGAAUAUCAAGAACUGGUUCGUCAAGGUCCGCAAGAUCAAAGCGAUCUAUCAUACUCUAAAUCUUUUCAAUCUUGACGUCACCCAAAAAUGCCUGAUCGCUGAAUGCUGGGUUCCCGUUCUGGACAUUGAGACCAUCCAACUGGCGUUAAGACGCGGAACGGAACGUAGCGGAAGUUCCGUGCCUCCUAUUUUAAAUCGCAUGGAGACCUUCGAAGACCCGCCGACUUAUAAUCGGACCAAUAAGUUCACGAAGGGCUUCCAGGCGUUGAUCGACGCUUACGGGGUCGCGUCUUAUCGCGAGAUGAACCCUACGCCCUACACCAUCAUCACAUUCCCGUUUCUGUUCGCGAUAAUGUUCGGCGACACCGGCCACGGCCUCAUCAUGUUCCUGUUCGGCGGCUGGAUGGUGCUGAAGGAGAAACCUUUAGCGGCUAAGAAGAGCGACAACGAGAUCUGGAACAUCUUCUUCGGCGGUCGUUACAUCAUCUUUCUGAUGGGCCUGUUUUCCAUGUACACCGGUCUUAUCUACAACGACGUGUUCUCCAAAUCGCUCAACAUCUUCGGCUCGAACUGGGUGAUCAAUUACAAUCGCACCACCGUUCAGCACAAUAAGGAUCUGCAGCUGAAUCCCAGUUCCACGGAUUACGUCGACUAUCCGUAUCCAUUCGGGAUGGAUCCGGUGUGGCAGCUAGCGGAGAACAAGAUCAUCUUCCAAAAUUCGUACAAGAUGAAGAUCUCCAUCAUCUUCGGCGUGAUACACAUGCUGUUCGGCGUGAUGGUGGGACUGUGGAACCACAUGUACUUCAAAAAGCGGCUCAAUAUCACUUGCGAAUUCGUGCCGCAGGUGAUCUUUCUCAUGGCUCUGUUCUUCUACAUGGUGCUGCUCAUGUUCAUCAAAUGGAUCAAGUACGGGCCGAAGAACGAACUAAUCGAGGGUCCCGGUUGCGCGCCCUCCGUCCUCAUCACCUUCAUCAACAUGGUUCUAUUCAAACCGGCCGCCAAGGUCGGCCUGUGCGAGCCGUACAUGUACGGGGGUCAGGGCGGUCUGCAAAAGUUCUUGGUGGUCGUGGCUCUGCUCUGCGUCCCGUGGAUGCUGCUGGCGAAGCCGAUCCUGAUGAUGCGCAACCAGAGGAAGCAGCAUUAUCAGCUGAACAAUCACGGCGCCGAGAACGGCGACGUGGAGGCCAGCAUGGGAACUCUGCAGCAGAGUGGAGGCGCUCCCCAGAACACCGGGGCCCACAAGGAGGAGGAAGAGAACAUGAUGGAGGUGUUCAUCCACCAAGGCAUUCACACCAUCGAGUACGUUCUCGGCAGCGUGUCGCACACCGCGUCGUACCUCCGUCUCUGGGCCCUGUCUCUGGCCCACGCCCAGUUGUCCGAGGUGCUGUGGAACAUGGUGAUGAGAAACGGCCUCGCAAGAGAAGGCUGGGACGGCGGCAUCGUCCUCUAUGCCGUCUUCGCCUUCUGGGCGGUGCUCACUGUGGGCAUUCUCGUGCUCAUGGAAGGUCUUUCAGCGUUUCUGCAUACACUUCGUUUGCAUUGGGUGGAAUUCCAGAGCAAGUUCUACUCUGGUUUGGGCUACAGCUUCCAGCCGUUCUCCUUCGAAAUCAUCCUCGACGCCGCGCAGGCCACUACUGAGGAUUGAAAUAAUUAAAUAAUAUAUCGUUAAUUAACAAUCGCCGUUGAUUAUUGUUGUUAGUGUGAGCGUAGAACGUCACGAAUUUAGUAGCUGCUUCUUCGAACAAGUCAGUUAUGAAUAAUUAAUGAGCCUCUUACGAAUAAAAAUAUAUACAUAGAGUCGAUUAAGUUCUAAUCGAUCGGAAUUAUUUUCUUUUCAUGUAGUUUGUUUAAAAUGUAAAUGAAUACAAACAUAUGAUAAAAAUUACAAAAUUUAUAAGUAACACAUAUAAAAUCAUGACAAGAGAAUAUUCGCGUGAUAUUAUAAGUUUCUUCCUUAUAUGAUAAAUUAUUAUUACAUGUAUAUACAAUUGAAAUUUGAGAGCGAAA